AUGGCUGCCGUGCCGCUCUGCUCUGACCUGUUCAGCCUCCAGCCUCUCAACAAUUUCCUUCUCCGCACUUCUCUCCCCUGCUUUCCGUCUAUCCCCACCCACCGCCCACUGUUGCCAGCUGUGGCGAAUGUGACUCUAACGAGCAUCACGCUGCACAAGCACAUCAACUGGGUGUUUCUCCCCCAGGUCUUCCUCCUCUGUACUGACAGCAAUCACUCCGACUUGUUCAGUCAGCCUCUCAAUUUCUUUCUCCUCACUCCUCUUUCCUGUUUUCCACAUCCCCCGCCUCCCCGGUUGGCAGCUGUUGCGAAUGUGACUCUAACGAGCAUCACGCUGCACAAGCACAUCAACUGGGUGUUCCUCCCGCAGGUCUUCCUCCUCUGUGCUGAUGGCAACCGCUCCGACCUGCCCUUCUCACCGCCGCUCAACAUCCAAGUCAACCUCACGGGGAAGGAGGACUGGCAGCUGCUCUUUCUUAUGAACAGUGGCGGGUGCAAGUCAUGCGGCAUAUACGAGAAGAGUGGAUCGCAGACAGCUCCCUUCUCCCCCUUACCUGCUCUUCCCCUCUGCCUCUGCCCUUACCUGCUCUAUUUACCCUUCUUUUGCCGUCUCCCUCCCACAUCCCAGCCGCUAUUUCAAAUGGACAGUGGCGGGUGCAAGUCGUGUGGCAUAUAUGAGAAGGGGUGGAUCCCGCUAUUCCAAAUGGACAGUGGCGGGUGCAAGUCAUGCGGCAUGUACGAGAAGGGGUGGAUAGCAGACAGCCCCUACCUGCUCUUCCCGCUCUGCGAAUCCAACUUCUCCGCCCCCAAGGGCCACUCGCCCGCCCCCGGUGCCGCGGGCUUUGGGGAGCUGCUGCUGGCCGACCCAAAGGGCACUGUGGAGUUUGUGCUCUCAUGUCCUGCUUGCGUGCGAGACCUGGAGAUGAGCACAGGAGACGGCGAUGUUCACACGGCACCUGCACCUCAAGGCUUGGGGGUGGUCGUCUGGGUGAUAGCAGGCGUGGCAGUAAUGGGUGUGCUUGUACUGCUCAUCACAUCUGUAGUGUACAUCACUAAAGGCGGCGAUCAGAUUCUUGAUGAAUCGGAGCGUGACAAGUUUCUUGAAAUGGGGGCUACGUCAUCAGAGGAGCCUCUUUACGCAUUAGGAAGAGAGCCUCGCCUUGCAUCCGAUGUGCUUAAAGGUGAUCCUGAUGACUACCUAUAG